UGAAAUAUUAUAUUAAUCAUUAAUAAUAUGAAUGAUACUACUGUGAAUGCAUUUCAGUCAGAUUGGUUACACUACUGUUGUCAUUGCUUCUCAACUUCACCGCCACGCCCCGUUCAAAUGCGUUUUUCCUCAACAUCCUCCUCAAAAGUCACUUUCUGAGUGCCAAGAAACCACCUAUUAGCAUUUGUUUUCUCACUAAGGACCCUAAAAUUAUCAGCAAUGGAUUGAAUAAUGCGAUUGCCGCUGCUUUCAGGCACCACUGACUUGUUGCGCACUUGUUAUUUCCCUAUAGGCUGCAACUCUCAGUGACUGCGUCUCUUUGAAAUGUUUUCUUUUUGUGUUAUAUCCUCUGCCUUCUUUUUAAUCAAAGGAGAAACGAUUUCGAGACGUUCGCUUUCUUACAGUUUGGCUUAAAAGGUCUGGGAUGUCAAAGUCGCGGUAUGAAAAUAUACUUUAAGCUGUGGCAGGAGAGAGAGAGAGACUUUGAUGCAGAAAUAAUUGAAGGAUCUGAACAUGAUCUCAGCGCAGCACCUGAGAAGCUGCCGGCCACCUGUGCUAUGUGUUCAGAUACUUUACAGUGUUCUCAUACUGUGGACCACAGAAAUGGAUGGACUCUCCGAUUUCUCAAAUUAUCUGUUUAGGAUCAUCAACAGUCAAUCAGCUAAAGCCUGUGAUGGAGAUCUCCUGCUUCUCAGGUGUCCACGACACUCCACCAUAACUAUUCAGUCUGCAUUUUAUGGACAGAGUGCAGCCCUUCCCGAGAUAGUGCCAGGAAUGAGAUGCCAAUGGCGUAAUCACAGCUGUUCUGCUACCACAGCACUGCAGAAAGUGCUCUCUGAAUGCCAGGGUCAUAGAAAUUGCCAGUUUCUGGUCAAUCAUCAAGUCUUUGGCAUAGAUCCUUGUCCUGGAACCCCUAAAUACCUCCAUGUAUCAUACAGGUGUAAACCUACAGAGCACAAGAAGAGAGUAACAUGUGAGGGAGAUCAACUUUUGCUGCACUGCAAAUAUCCAAAAGUGCUGAAUAUCUACUCUGCUGUUUAUGGCAGACAGUUGGAGGGGGAAGACUUGUGCCCAUCAGAGGAACAACAUCCACCAUUUGAAUGUCUUUUUCACGGAGCUGUUGAUGUGGUAUCCAACAUCUGCUAUGGAAAACAGAGGUGUUUGUUUACCAUAGAUGAGGAACAUUUAAAAAACCCCUGCCCUCCUGGAACAAAAAAGUAUAUCACUGUCCUCUAUGCAUGCGUUCCAGAAAGUUUACUCAAGGAGGCUGAUCCCAGCAGUUUCCAAACUACCUCAGUUCCUAACCAGAGCACAAAAGAAGGGGAACGCCCAGUUAUCAGAAGUUCAAAGUUUCCAGAGAACAGGAUUAUUGUCAGCAAUUCUUUAAUGGCAUAUGGCUACAUUACAGAGUAUCCAGAGAUGGCAGGACUGCUUUUCACAUCAAGUGUUUGUGUGGGACUUCUGAUUGUUCUAAUAGCUGUUUCAACACAGCUAACCUGCAGUAGACAUCUAAAUACAACUAGAACAUUCAGGAAGAAGAGUAGAACAACUAAUCUGGAAGAGGAGGAGCCAAUGAACCAGGAUAAUGACGAAGAGGAGGAAGAUGAGGAUGAGAAAAGGUCACUAAUGGACAGCUCUAACCUGUCAGAGGUUGGCAGGAAGGUGUAUUGCUGGGAAGAUGUGACAUACACCACAGAGACAGCAGAGCUGAUGGAGAGGAUUGAGCGCAGAGAGCUUGUGAUUCAGGAGAUCAGGAUGAACGCAUACCUCAAUGGAAACACAUGCAUCCUGCAUUCAUACAUGCCAACUAUUACGCAGAAUGUGCAGUAGCUGUAGUUUCAACCAAAAGGAGUGAGCAUUUUGAAGUUAAAGGUGAAGUGUAUCAUUUCUGUAUCACAAUGGUCUUCAGACAGGUUUCCAGAGCACUCCCCUCAUCUGCUAUUGGUCUGCCACAUAAAUGGCCCGCCCCUAACUCACACUAUUGGUUAAGCUAAUUUUGCUGUUGUCUGGCAGCUCAAACAAACAUACCGAUAUUUUGAUAACAUCAGAUUCACUGUGCUACACUUUUUGAGUGAAAUCAACCUACAAGUCUCAUAAUAAGCCAUGAAAGAUGACAAAUUACACACAUCACCUUUAAAGAUUGUCAGGUAAAAAAUAAAAAAAAACUGAUCUGGUACAGUGUGGACAUAAUAGCACAGAACAAGCAAUACCUGAUGUGUUUUUUACUGCCAAAGCAAGGCAAACGUUAUUAUUCUGUUCUAAAAUUCUUCUAUUCAGUUAAUAAAGUAGCUGUUGUAUUACAUUUUACACAAAGUAAAGCCAUGUAAAGAGAAAAGUAUUUUAUAAAUUAUUGC